AUGUCCAAACGAGAACUCCCCUUUCCAAACGCAACGGAACUUGUUCCUGAUGGAUCAACAUUCAAUUUGAGCAGCAAUAGCACUAUAAGCAAUGUGAGCAAUAAUAGCAAUAACAGCUCGAAAAACACCACCAACCUCAGUAAUCUCAUCGCCGGUGUACCUGUCAACAGCACUACCCCCACUAGCAACAACAACAACUACACAAACAUCUCCACUCCGAAGUCAAACAAACAAGUGUCGGAAUCAAAAAGAAGAAGAGUCACUAGAGCCUGUGACAACUGUCGACAGAAAAAGGUGAAAUGUGAUGGUAAACAACCUUGUAUCCACUGUACAGUAUAUUCAUAUAAAUGUUCCUAUGAUCAGCCCAACAUAAGAAAUAAACGUAACUCGGGUAUUCCCGCUCCUGCUCAACCCAGUGUGGCUGUAUUACAAGCAGCCGCUGCUGCUGCUGCUGCAAAUGCGGCCAAUGCGAGUAUUGAAAAUGAGGGAAAUGAAGGAGCAGCAUUGUACCCUACUUCUAAUUUGAUUGUAUGCCAACAAAUCCUCAAUAUCCUUUUACCAAAGCUUAAAUUCAAUUGUUUUGACCAGAAUGUACAAUUUGACGUGGAAAGAUUCCAGAAACUUGUAAGUUAUGUUGAAACUAGAUCACCAGAAUUCACCCAGAAUAUCAACGAAAUCUGUGACUACAUGCAAGAUCCAGAAGUACCGAUCCAUCAUCUUCAAGUUCAUCAUAAUCUUCGAAAGGCUUCCAUCAGUUCCAAUGAUGAUACCAAUAGUAUUACUCCUGGCACCGAAAUAAAAUUAUACUUGCCAAAUAAAGAAACAGCCUUGCAGUUGAUCUAUACCACAUGGAACAAAGGGUGUGUAUUAUUCAGAUUCUACCAUCGUCCUUCGUUAUUAGAAGAAGUAGACUUGCUUUAUUCCCUUGACCCAAGCAAUUAUGGCGAUCGACAACAAAGGUUCCUUCCAUUCUUGUAUUCAAUUUUAGCUUGUGGGUGUCUUUUUUCGAGAUCUUCAGCUACUGCCCCUGACAUUAAUGAAAACUCCGAAGAUGACGGGUUCAAGUAUUUCUUGGAAGCAAGAAAACUAAUUGAUAUCAGUAAUGUUGGAGAUAUCAAUUCCAUUCAAACAAUUGUUAUGAUGAUUAUAUAUUUGCAAUGUUCAGCAAGAUUAUCCACGUGUUAUUCAUAUAUUGGUAUUGCCAUGAGAAGUGCACUUAAAGAGGGGCUCCAUCGUAAUUUGUCGAUAUUCCAAAAUUCAAGAAGGAAGUUAGAUCCCAUUGAAAUCGAUACUCGUAAGCGGUUGUUUUACACAAUUUAUAAGAUGGAUAUUUAUAUUAAUUCCUUGCUUGGACUCCCUCGUUCGAUUAAUGAAGAUGAAUUUGACCAAGAGUUACCCGCAGAAUUAGACGAUGAAAAUAUCACCCGAACCGAGUACUUAUAUGAUAAACAACAAGGUAGACUUUCAUCCCUGGGGUGCGCUAACCAUCACACAAAACUCAUGUUGAUUCUUUCCCAUAUAAUCAAGCAAUUGUAUCCGAUCAAAGUCAAGAAUGCCGAUGAUGAAUUAACCUCAUCUGCAAACCAUUAUAGUCCAGACAGAAUCCACAAGAAAGUCACUGAUUUAGAGCUUGAAUUGAAAAACUGGUUGCAUGACUUACCUGCCGAAUUGAAACCAACAGAUCCAAAUGUUCCCGGUAGUAACAAGGCAGGUGAAAAAUUCGUGCUUGCUAACUAUUACCUUCAUUUAGCAUUCCUUAACUGCCAAAUCAUGCUUUAUCGUCCAUUCAUCCACUUCAUUAGUGAUGGAAAUAGCAAAGGAGUCAAUCUGGAUCCUAGAUCUUUAAUCAGAGGACGAAACUGUAUUAAAGUAGCGCGAAUGGUUGUUAAAUUGGCCAACAAGAUGAUUGAUCAAAAUUUGCUCGUGGGGACAUAUUGGUUCUCAAUAUAUACUAUUUUCUUUAGUAUUGCAUGUUUGGUUUAUUAUUUCCAUUUUGCAAACUAUGCCAGUAACAGAGAACUGGGAGUCAAUUAUGCCGGGGUGUUAUUUGAUGAUGACUUGAAUAUCGAUAUGAUUAAACAAGAUAUAGAGAUUGGGAAGAAAGUGUUGGAUUGCUUGAAGAAUUCCUCAAGAAGCUCCUCAAGAAUUUAUAACAUUUUGAAUACUUUGUUUGAGCAAUUGAAUAGAAGAACUGCCACCACUUCAAGAUUACGAGUUGAUGGAGAAGUUCCUGGAGAUGCCAAUGCUGAUACAAAUCCUGAAACUGUUCCAGGAGCAAGACCUAAUGUCAAGAGUGAACAUGUUCAAAAUACAUUCAAGAAUUUCGAUACUAUAAACAACUUUGAAUCAUCUCCUUCUGAAUCAUCAUAUGCGGCAUAUGCCAAACGAGAUCUUGGUCAAUUAUUUGACGAAACAAACCUUGCACAAUAUCAGCUGAGUGCAGAAGCCACCCAACUGGAUUCUUCAAAACUCGAACCUAUCCAUGAAACUGCCACCACAAAUUCCGAAGACGAAACAAAUGCCGACUAUUUACCAGGUGUAUUUGAUAAAUUGGAUACACAAAUCUUCGGUAAGAUCUUACCUCCCUAUAUGUUAGAAAGUAAUGCAAAUUAUGAACAGAACCACCCACAACAACAACAACAACAACAACAGGCCACAGCACAACCAAUUCCACCACAAUUACCGCCACAAAUUCUACAACAACAAUUACCUGGACAGGGUCCCAUGCAACAAAUGAUUGAUCCAGCCACUAACCCGCAAUUACAAAUGAUGGCAAAAGUAGACGGUGUAAUACUGCCCUAUGAUAAUAUGGGCGUUAGAUCGACGUUAAAUCUUGAUGAUUUUGACUUUUACUCCAUUAAUAGUGGUGAUUCCUCAGGCAUGCAAUAUUUGGAUCCAUUUGACCCUGUCAAUGGAAGGUAA